AUGUCCACCCCAAAAGUAUGGACGCAGCCAGGGUGGCAGGAAUAUUUAUCUUCUCGAAAUGCUGGGCUGCCAUAUCUCCCGGCUGUCGCGGAACUCAGCACAGAGGUGGUACGAAUACUUGGCGGAAACCCGGGCAACAUGCAACUGCAAGGAACCAAUACGUAUCUAGUUGGCAGUGGCCAGGAACGGAUUCUGAUAGAUACAGGACAGGGAUGUCCGAUCUGGCUCACCACUCUGGUCAACUAUCUUGACAAACACCAGUUGAGCAUAUCCAAGGUACUGCUGACCCACUGGCAUACCGAUCAUACCGGGGGUCUUCCGUCGCUGCUGGCUCAGUAUCCACAUCUGGUUGGGUCGGUGCACAAGGCCCAUCCGGACCAGGGCCAACACUCGAUUCAUGAUGGACAGACUUUUACUGCAGAUGGAACUACCCUGCGAGCCGUGUUCACGCCUGGGCAUAGUCAAGACCACAUGUGCUUUGUCUUGGAGGACAGUGGCGCCAUGUUCACAGGUGAUAAUGUGCUUGGACAUGGAAGCAGUGUUGUCGUGGAAGAUCUAGGGCAGUACAUGAAGAGUUUGAAAGUCAUGACCCAAAGUGUGGGCAAUGAAGAUAUAGCAGUUGGAUAUCCUGGUCAUGGUGCCGUGAUAGAUGACCUACCAGCCAAACUCAUAAUCUGGAGCAGACAUUGGGAAUUGCGAGAGAAAAAGGUCUUAUCAGCUUUCAAGGGGAACACGAAGAGAAGGGCGUCCUUGACGACACGGGAGAUCAUCGUAUGUCUCUACGGGCCCGAGAUGGAGGCGAUGGCGGGCCCUUUCAUAACGCAGGUUCUAUCAAAACUAGCUGAUGAGGGGAAGAUUGGAUUUGCUGUCGCAGGACAAGAGAAGAAGUGGUUUAUGCUAUAG